UUCAAUUGCUCACCUCAAGGCUCCAUGAGAACAUUGUGCGUCGAGUGGCCCGAGAUUUUUGACUUGAAAGGCCCCUGAACCAAAAGAGUGGCCUUUAUCUCCUGUGAUACCGCUUAGUGAUUUAGACUAUCGUUGUCAAUCGUUCGAGUAUUGCGAUUUCAUUGUGCCAUCUUUGGACUGAUGACGUGCUCUUCCUCCAUGGCCAUGCCACCCAAUUUCCACCUACAAUGCACUCCACUAUCAUCUUUAACCGGUGCUAAUAAUGUCUCGGAAGACAUGACUCGAUCCAAUGCCGAAUCACCCUCACCAAACACAUUCAGAGCACAUCAAUCUAAAAGGAACAGCAGCGACGGGAGCAGUUCCUAUGAGGAUUGCCGAAGCAUCAGCAGUGAAGGCACGCAGGAGGACAUGGUGGAAGAAAAUGGAAGCCAUCAAAGCCGGCAUCAUCACCAUCAUCAUCACCCUGUACACCACAAUCAUCGCAAUCACAGCCAUGUCCACUUAUCCUCGCGCCAUCUCUCUAGUAACAUGAGGCACACCAUGGAUGAUGGUGACGAUUCCGGAGAGGAGGAAGAAGCCCUAAAUCUAGCAGCAAGGUCGUCGCCACCCAGUUUAGAAGGCAGUUCAAGUCCGGGGGAGUUCACAAAGUCUCAAAAGGGAUCGCCUACAAGUACAGCCUUGGCGAGCAUUCAAUCUGCCUUAGCGGCUUUGCAAGCUGGUCAAAUGUCCCUGAAUCAACUUCAGGCAUUAGGAGCACAAAACAUGCUUCAAAACCAAAUUGCAGCUGCCGUGGCCAAUCAAUCCAGCUCGUUGGCCUUUCCCUUUGUGGUGCCCUCCAAUCUAAGCCCUAAUGGAGGAAGUAGCAUUGGCAAUACUGAAAUCCAAGCCCUUCAGCUAGCCCUUCAACAACAACAACAGAAUCUUCAACAGCAACUUCAAAACUUCUUGUUCCUUCAACAGCAACAGAUGAAAGCCGGGAUUUCGACGUCCGUUUCAUCCCAAACCGUCGGAAGCAUUCUGCACGCCCAAAGUCAACAGGUAUCUCAAACUACAGCUCAGCUCCGGCGACUUCAGCGACAACAAAAAGAGAUCCUGAACCAGAGACUUCAGAACAAUUGCCAAACAUCGCCAGCACUGGAGACUCCUAAAGCAAAGGAUUUGCUCUUGCAGCACAAGAAGGCCAAAUUGAACCACCACAAUCAUCCUCAUCAUCCUCAUCACCAUUCUUCACCUGUUGACGGACACCACCGGAACAACAAUAGCCCCAAUGUUUCCCUGGCCUUAUCUUCAUUGACCCCAGUGUCAAUGACGAUGACGCCUGUGUCCUCAAUGAACAAUAACCCUUUUCUCCCUUCGUCGGACUCCCCUACUUCCACCCGACCACUGGCUGUGUCCACAACCAUCGCCAAUGGUUCCACUUCACCGAAUCUUGGGAACCUUCCCUCUCCCCCAAUGACCUUUGGCCAACGAUUGGAUCUACCAGCUGACGAGAACGUGGAUUUUGAAGAGUUGGAGCAAUUCGCCAAAGAGUUCAAACAAAGGAGAAUCAAAUUAGGUUAUACCCAAGGUGAUGUGGGUCUGGCAAUGGGGAAAAUGUAUGGCAACGAUUUCUCACAAACAACCAUUUCGCGAUUCGAAGCGUUGAAUCUUUCGUUCAAAAACAUGUGUAAGUUAAAGCCGUUGUUGGAAAAAUGGCUGGAAGAUGCGGAUGCUCAAAUCAAUGGAACUGUGCCCUUGAGCCUGACAACCACCCAGCCUUGCUCUGAUCUGUUGGGCAAACGAAGAAAGAAACGCACCUCCAUCGAAAGCAACAUUAGAGUCGCGUUGGAGAGAGCCUUUCUCAAGAAUCCCAAACCCACUUCCGAGGAGAUCAAACUCAUCGGCAACACGCUCUCCAUGGAGAAAGAGGUGGUUCGCGUCUGGUUUUGCAAUCGGCGUCAAAAGGAGAAGCGCAUCAACCCGGCUUCGUUAUCACCCACAGGCAGCGAUUCACCUCACUACAUGGCAUCUCUCUCAUCUUUGCCCACCAGUUUAGCCUCUCCGUUUCACCCUUCAUUAGCCAACUUUGUGGGUGCGGCAGCUGCCGCUGCCGCUGCUGGCAAUCUCAUGCGACCUCAAAACGAUUAGUCGAUCGAAACCUUCACUACGCAUUCUAGAUAUCAGUAUCGACACUUCAUUGAUCUCAAGACUUUUAUCGUCGUCAAUAACCAAAGACUCUACUACUGAUUGAAUUUACUUAGCACAAACCGGUGAUCCACAACUUCUGCUCUCGCUGUCGUCUUUAUAUAUGUAUGUAUGUAUUCCUAAUCACUGGUGGCAUCUCAACCUCACUCAAAACCCUUCGUUUCUGACCUCCUCCUGCCCAAAGAUGCAAGUUUCAAGUAUUAAAAAACACACACAUUAUUAUAUCUUCGUUUGCACAGGCUCCUUGAUCCACAUACUUGUGAAAUAAAGUCACCUCUACAA